GGGAGUUAAAAACGCAACGCAACAAACUCACAGCGAUGCAGUGCUUAUGUUUCUAAACAACGGAUUUUACACAUCACGAAGUUUGCCUUCUACACAAGAAUACAUUUAAACAAGGAUAUUUCAAAUUCAGAAUAAUCAUGCCACGAUCGUUUUUGGUGAAAAGUAAAAAGUGUUCUUCCUACAAUGUCCAUCGACCAAUCGACACCGAGCAAAUCGAACAAAAAAAACUUUCGGACACAGGACCCAAAACAAUCCCAGCAUUAGUCCCUUCAGAAGCAAAGGAGCGUAAAUCCCCAGAGCAGCCCAAGUUAGAGCCCGUCACCCAGCUGUCACGCAAAGACCCAUAUGACUUCAUCAAGAGUGAGCAAGAACCCGACUGCCCGAUACCAUCUCACCCUGAGGUCACAAUCCGUCGCCCUUAUUUCAUAUCUGAGCCUAAACUGGCAGAAUUCCCACCCUAUUAUAAGAGCUCUUACGCUUGGGAUCAUGUUCCCUCUCCAUAUGACUUCAGACAGAUGAGCUUUCCCCCGUCGCUCCUUCAGCACGCCAGUAGUUUGUAUGGAGCUCACCUAAAGCAAAGCUCAGAGCUUCCACAGCCGCUGGACUGCAGCACACACUACUCACCGACAUCCAACACCUAUCACUGCAUUACCUGUGACAAGGUCUUUUCCACCCCUCAUGGACUAGAGGUUCACGUCAGACGUUCUCACAGUGGCACGCGUCCAUUCGGCUGUAGUAUCUGCAGAAAAAGCUUUGGUCAUGCGGUUAGCUUAGAGCAACACAUGAACGUCCACUCUCAGGAAAGAAGUUUUGAGUGCAAGAUGUGCGGGAAGACUUUCAAACGCUCCUCGACGUUGUCCACCCAUCUUCUGAUUCACUCGGAUACUCGGCCGUACCCCUGCCAGUACUGCGGCAAGAGAUUUCAUCAGAAAUCUGAUAUGAAGAAACACACCUACAUACACACAGGUGAGAAACCUCACAAAUGUCAGGUGUGCGGUAAGGCCUUCAGCCAGAGCUCCAACCUUAUCACACACAGCCGCAAACACACCGGAUUCAAGCCGUUCGGAUGCGAGAUCUGCUCCAAGGGCUUCCAGAGGAAAGUGGAUCUUCGCAGACAUCACGAAAGCCAGCACAGCCUUAAAUGAUGGAGGUGUGAUGAAUAGACGAUCCAUGGCACCAAAAAGACACCUGAAGAAUGUAGAACGUUCAUGUUAACAUCCUUUAACAUAACUUACUCUUCAAAAUUCAUCAAAAUGACAAGAUAAAGCAAUAAGCCUGGAAAAUCGAUGGCGAACUCAAUGAUUUUUGUUUCCAAUGUACAAAUGCACUUUUUGUAGUAAGCCAUAAUUCAUCUAUUAUGUGAGCAAAAGUGUCUGAAUAGUGCAACAAUGUCAGAAAAAUGGUCUUGAGGUGUCACCGGGGCAGUACCCUUUCAAAAAGUACACUUUUGGAUAUAAAGAGUUUAUAUUAAUUGCUCAUAGGUAUACAUAUUGGUACUAAAUAUAUACAUAUCUGGGUGAUUCUCACGAAAUCCAGAUUUAGAAGGUGUCCGGCAUCAGAAUUUUUAAAAAGUCCUUAAAGCCUUUUUUUAUAUUAAGGUCUGAACUUACUAUAACCAUUAUUUUUAGAGGAUUUUAAAAAUAUUUCCUAUAGAAUUUUUUACAUUUUUUAGAUUAUCAUCAUCAAAAAUUAUCAUUACCGCUACAUGAUAUUACAUUAAAUAUAUGCAUUUACAAACUCAUGUUUUGGUAAUGAGAACUAAAAAGUUGUCUAGAUACUAUGACAAACAAAAUUUCAACUUUUAUCUGGAGAGAAAAAAAUAAGAACUGCUUACCUGGUAGCCAUUUUGAGUGUCACAGUCAAUUAUGUCCCUUCCUAUUUUUUUUAAAUGUUAGUUCAUUGAGGGCUUAAAGAAUGAUUGAAAAUUGUUGCGGAGGAUGAGAAAAUUGGUCUUGGACACAUUUAUAUUCCUUAUUAUUGUCUCUACAUUUACCAAUGAUCACCAAAUACCACAUGUUUCUUUAUUGUAAAUGUUUAUAGUAUAACAUGCACUGAAGCUUUUUAUUUUUUUUGAUUUUUUAAUUAUAAAUAUUUCCAUGUCAAAGAACCCAAAUCCAGUCAUGGACACGUUGCGAAAAUGGGAAUUUUCCCCUUAAAUGUGAAAAAAAAAAAAAAAACCAAAUUGGUUUGUAUGAUGUCAUUUGAAAUCAUGUGCAAAAUAGUACAUGAAGAGAUGUUUGUAACUGUAUGCUUCUUAUUUUGAUACUCUUACUUUGCAUUUACUUUUUUUUAUCAAAAUAUUUCAUGACACCUCAUAAGUCUAAUUUUGUGAGAAUCACCCAUCUGUACGUAAAUAUUCGGACCCUUAUAAAUGAGACAGUGACAACUAUUUUGUUCCGACAGUGUAUAAAGGAUUUGAUACAUUUUUUCAAUAUAAACACAUUUGUACCUACCAAGCUUAUACCCAACUGCCUUUAUUGCCUGUAAAAUCAGACACUUUUUAUAUGAAUGCUUUUGAAAAUAUUAUAUGUUAUUGUUUUGACUUAACUAUCUUAAU